GCGGCGCAGGGCGCGCGCGCAGAGUGAGCGCGCAUUAGCAGCGAAGACUCUAGUGAACCCAGGCAGACCUCGCAUCCACACGUCGCCUGUGCCCUUCCCGCCGCACCCCAGCCUCCCGGCCCUGAGGACUCCCGGCCCACCCGCCAGGCAUCCGGCCCACCCGGCCCCGCGUCCCCGGCCCGCCCGCCGCUCAGGAUCGGCCCGUGCCCCACAGCCUCGAGCCGCCAUGGGGGUGGAGGGCUGCACCAAGUGCAUCAAGUACUUGCUCUUCGUCUUCAAUUUCGUCUUCUGGCUGGCUGGAGGAGUGAUCCUGGGCGUGGCCCUGUGGCUGCGCCAUGACCCACAGACCACCAGCCUCCUCUACUUGGAGCUCGGAAACAAGCCGGCACCUAAUACCUUCUAUGUGGGCAUCUACAUCCUCAUUGCUGUGGGGGCUGUGAUGAUGUUCGUCGGCUUUCUUGGCUGUUAUGGGGCCAUACAGGAGUCCCAGUGUCUGCUGGGGACGUUCUUCACUUGCCUCGUGAUCCUCUUUGCCUGUGAGGUGGCCGCUGGCAUCUGGGGCUUCGUCAACAAGGACCAGAUUGCCAAGGAUGUGAAGCAGUUCUAUGACCAGGCUCUGCAGCAGGCUGUGGUGGACGAUGACGCCAACAAUGCCAAGGCUGUGGUGAAGACUUUCCAUGAGACGCUCAACUGCUGUGGCUCCAACACAUUGACUGCGCUGUCCACUUCCGUGCUGAAGAACAACCUUUGUCCCUCAGACACCACCGUCAUAAAUGCCUUAUGGAAGGAUGACUGCCAUAAGAAGAUCGACGAACUCUUCUCUGGGAAGCUGUACCUCAUUGGCAUUGCAGCCAUAGUGGUUGCUGUCAUCAUGAUCUUUGAGAUGAUCCUGAGCAUGGUGCUGUGCUGUGGUAUUCGGAACAGCUCUGUGUACUGAGGCCCUGCAGUUCCAGCUUCUGGGAUCCCUGCAGUGCCCUCAGAGUGACCCGGAGGCUGCUGCAGGCGUUGCUGCCUGUGUAUAUAAUGUUUCCGGUAUUACUCUGCUACACUUAGCCUUUUUACUUCUGAGGUUUUGUUUUCAUUCUGAACUUGCCUAUUACUUUUAGGGGCUGGCAUCACUGGUAGGUGGCGUGUGUGGGGGUGGAGCUGCUCCAGGCUUUGGGCCCUUUGGUAUCUCCCAGAGACCACUUGCCUGGAUGCUCAGCAUGGCCAAGUUGGGGGGGCCAUCUGCCCACCCCCUGGCCCAUUCUGUGGGCUGCAUGGCUCACCUUUUUUAAUCUUUUUUCUUCUCCUGCCCACAUUUUAAGAGCUGGGUCUGUGAGCACUCUUAUGCCUUCAAUGCACCUGUCCUUUCUAACAUGUCACCUUCAACUGUAAUUACAUCUUGAAACAGACAUUUAAUAAAGAAGGAAAAUCAGG